AUGAAUAUUCGCUGUGCGAGACCGGAUGAUCUCAUCAACACGCAGCAUGCCAAUCUUUUGUGUCUUCCUGAAAACUACCAGAUGAAGUACUACUUCUACCAUGCACUCUCGUGGCCACAGUUGUCCUAUGUUGCAGAGGACCACAAGGGAAAUGUUGUUGGAUACGUACUCGCGAAAAUGGAGGAAGACCCUGAUGAGGAACCCCACGGACACAUAACGUCAUUGGCAGUAAAACGGUCAUACAGGAGGCUUGGUCUCGCUCAAAAACUCAUGGACCAAACUGCACGAGCUAUGAUUGAAACUUUCAACGCUCGUUAUGUCUCCCUUCACGUCCGAGUAAGCAACAGAGCUGCAUUAAACCUCUACCAAAACACGCUUAAAUUUACCGCCAGUGAAGUGGAACCAAAAUACUACGCCGAUGGAGAAGAUGCUUACGCAAUGAAGCGAUGUUUGGUCCAAUUCGCCACAGAAAAUGGAAUCGAACCGGCCGAUAAGGAAACUUUUUUUGCUGUAAAGUCAAAUGGUGAUAAGAAGAAAAGCAGACAGUAA